AUGGUUGUGAAUAGGGAGUGGAUUAAAGAGGAAUCGAUGGAGUAUCUUGUUGUUGUCCGGCAAGGACAAGCUAUCAAGACAAGCAAACAUGUUAUCGAUACUAACAUGCAAGAUAAUAUACCAACAGGAAAGGUACAAGCUAUCAAGACAAGCAGACUUGUUACCAUGACAAACAUGCAAUAUAAUAUACCAAAAGGAAAGGUACAAGUUAUCAAGACAAGCAAACAUGUUAUCGGGACAAACAUGCAAGAUAAUAGACCAACAUGCAAGACACAAGCUAUCAAGAUAAGCAGGCAUGUUAUCAGGACAAACAUGCAAGAUAAUAUACCAACGAGCAAGAGGAAGAUUGAGGUUUGGCAUUCAUGUUGUUUUGGCAUGAAGUGUGAUUACAAGACUUGGCCAUGGACAGUUUGA